AUGGCUGAUUUCCAGGAGGCAGCCGCAUUGGAGGUCUCUGCAGGCGAUAUCAAUCUGGCCGCGUUGUGUUCCCGCUGUGGACUUCUCGUGGAUUUCUCUGAAGACAUUCGGACAGGAGCUGCAUCGCUGUCCCUGCUUUGCCUUCGAUUUUGCCUGGGCACGGAUUUAGGUGACGUUCCUGGCCAUGAUACCUGCAAAGCCAUUGCAGAAGGCAUUUCAAAACUGUGGUCUCUAUGUAGGGAGAAGUAUGCACGGCAACUUCGGAUUCUGAGACCGCAGAAGUCCACGCGCGACCCGGACGAUCGUGUUGAGUGGGCAGCCGAAGAUGUACAAGUUUUUGAUGGCAGCUGUCGCGUGGGGAAACGAGAGGACACGGCAGAAGUUGGGUAUCGGCUCCUCAUGAAUCGGAAGCCCACAGCAAUCGAGAAUUCCCUCUUAGUAUUGUAUCAUGGCAAUGGGGAGAUCUGCGAAGACUACACCCAGUGGGCUGACGUCUAUCGGCAGUACUUCCAGCAUUUCCAGCUGACUAGCAAUUCUGAAUUGAAUGCGCAUCAAGCAGCUCUCGAAAUCUUACCGGUUUCGAGAGACGCUCGUAACUUUGUAUCUGUACCGGCCGGUUCGCACGCUGGAAAUGCUGUACCAACUCGUCAAAGUAACGUCACUGUGCAGACUUCGUCGGGCAUCGGGAAUCGCCGCAAGCUGGCGGCCUCUUCUCUGUCGGAAGCACAGUUGCAUUCGAACUCUUUGCAUGAGCGCGACAGAGCUGUGGCCGAAGCAGCUUCUAGCGAGUUGUGGGCGCUCUUCUUGGAAGUCGCCAGCAGUGGUUUCCAUUGGCACGAGUACUCGCUGCCAAGUGGCGAUACAAAAGAACAGUUUGCUGCCAUGUUUUUUGACGACAUGUGCACCAUCGUUGUAACCACGCUCCAAGCGGCAAUUCGGCUUGCUCGGCAUUGGCGUGCGCGUUGCCAAGAUAGCAACAUAUCGCCGUGGACGCCCUCUUGCAUUCAAGUUGCCCUCUGGUUGCGUUCGCUUCGGGAGCGCGGGCCCACUGCUCCUCAUGGGGCCUACAGUUCACUGAAGUGGUUGGAGAACAAAAUAGGCAUUAACUUUCACGCCUCGAACUUGCGUGUUCGAGACCAAGCAGCUGUGCCUAGCUCGCGUGUUGAAUCACAGGCCAAGCCUCUUUCGUUGGCCUUCAUUGUUGGGUUGGAGAAGCUGGUGUCCAGCAAGAAUGAAGUGCUCUCUGCCCUUGCUUUAACCUGGGUGGUCUUGAUAAUUGCUGUGCUACGUUUUGCUCGCGUGCAGCGCGUGCAGUAUCCCUCCCAGAUCGAGCGGAAGCUGUGUGCAGGCAAAGCAAGGGCACUGAAUGUUCAGUGGCUACCUGCGUCUCCGUUGAUCUGGUCAACCAACCAUGUUCGCAGUGCUCCGUACUCGCAGCCUUGCUUCGUACUGAAGAGCAAAUUUGAACGUUGCCGAAGUGACGGCGUGCCCUGGGGCCUGGCUUUGCUCCACGUGUUCAAAGGUGAAUCGGAUGUGUGGACAGAUGCGAAGGACUUAUUGUCAGCAUCCCGUACAGGGCCAACGUCUUCGCGUAGGACAGAUCGUCCCAAGAUGACUCCGAUGCCUGGUGCUGAUGUGACUGCCAUCAAGGUCAAACCUGCCACAGGUACUUCUCUUCCCUCCGAAGUUCAGAUGUGCAAGCGUUGGAAUGACGCUCGCGGUUGCCCCGGUCACAAGUGUUCUCAGGGCAAGGCUCAUGUUUGCGAUGUCCUGCUAGUGACCUCUUUUCAGAAGGCAGUGUUGUCGUGGCUAUCGGCUACCGCUGCGGCGUUCCUUGCCAGCAGCCCCUUCAGGUCACAUCUUUGGCUCUUUGUGAAGAACUUCAAGCCAUUGCUCAGAUGCAUCCAAAUUGUGAAUGAACGGCAUGGUCUGGGAUGUGACCCUCACCAGCAAAGCGGCAAGCUACGUGGCGGGGCCCGGCUCAUCAUGAAGUGCAUGGAGGAACUUCCCGGCGUAAUGGAGCAAAAGAGCUUUCCGGACGAUCUCGCCGAGGAUGAAGGAAACCUUGGAUUCAAUGAUGAAGCCAAGCUGCAAAUCUUUGGCAAGUUGUGCAAACUGGCUCUUAGCAUUCGCAAUGGCGGCAUCACGUUCAUCCGUAGCCAUUGGAAGUUCGUGGUCUGCGCCUGCUUCGAAGAUAGAUGUGCGUUCAAAGUACCCACCACACCUGGACGUAGCCUUGCUUGGUUCAGCGCUGUUUCAUUGGACAUUAUGAGUGUGAUGGAAAAUGCGGCUAGCGGGUCAUCUGGAAAGCCGACCAUGGCCAAUCUGCUAAGCGAUGCGGAGGAAUGUAUGCAGAAGCUUCCUGAUAUUGUCCGUGGGCAUGGGCUUGUAUGGCCCUGGCGGGCCCCCAUUUUGCUGGUGGGCCGCUCUCUGGGCAGUGCGGUGGCCACACAUCUCAUCGGACUGAUGCCGGAGCGAUUUGACGGUCUGAUUUUGGAUUCUGGCUUCGCCACAAGUGGAGCUGAGCGUUAUGAUCAACUUCUUUCAUGGCUUGGAGACUCAGCUGAACAGGCCGCGCAUAUGUUCGAGGAGCUUUCGAAAGCACUUCGAGCAUCUUUACCUACAGGGUGUGAACCUGGUGAGGCUCAGUUGCGGAUCCUGGGAAGCGAGGACUUUUUGCGAGGCUUCCGGGGAGCAGUGCUGGUUUUGCAUGGGGAACAUGACUUCAUCGUGACCGUCGAGAACGCCAAGAAGCAUGACGAGGCCGCUGUCAAUGCAAGCCAGCGAGAGCUGGUCGUGCUUGACGCUGACCACAACACGCUCGCUGGCGUUCCUAUUUUCUGGAAGAAGCAGAUGGCUUUUGCGAAGAGCCUAGUGCAGAGGAAGAUGCUGCAGCAAAAGCUGGACCGAGUUGGGUCAGGCGGGACUUAG